GGUAUUAGUGUGGUCCCUGUCAGCCAUUGUUGCAGCUCGAGUGAGAAUAGAUGAUUCCAGCUCCUGGCUCACCCUCUUCCAUGUAGAGGGGCCACUCUAUGUUGCUAAGUGGAACCCAGAUAGAUAUUUAGUGGGAUUACACAUGCUUGAGGUGUAUGCAAGAGAUUCUACUGGUCAAGAGGCAACGAUCAUACAGCCAUUUUCUCUAGAUGAAUCUCAGCCUUCUUUUCACUUCUGGCCGAGAGCUCUCCUCAUGUCCAACCUCUCCAUGUUUUUCCAGUUCCUGUUCGGCAUUAUGGUGUGCAUCUGUGUAAUUCCACUGUGUGUCAUGCGCUACAUUCAUCAUCUGGUACUAGAGCACCGCAUGUUUCGUCCUCGUCCUCGAUGGAAGAUCAUCAACACUUGGCUGCGCAAGUUGUGGGUGUUGGUAUCUGUUGAUAGACUCUUCUGGCCACUGAUUUUCACUGCUGUCUACUUACCUCUUGGUCCAUGGUUUGUGGGGGAAGUAAUUGAAGGUCACAUAGGAGUUGUGUUUGCCUGGGGGACCUUUGUAAAUAGAAGUUAUCUUCCAGGGUCCUUGACGUAUGCAUAUGGUUUUUUCCAGCUGCUGGUUUUCCACCUCCCUCUCACCUUGGCUGUGGCACACUGUAUUGAUUUCAGAUUCUGGUCAUUGUAUAUUGAUCCACUGUGUAGCUUCCCUCGAUACCUGUGUCGCCACGUGUGCUUACUGUUCCUCGUGACUUUCCAGAUAAUAUCGGCAUACUUUUUCUGGUUGGCAUAUGGUACAAUGGCACUGGUUUUGGGUCCCCUGCGUACAUGGUCAGCCAUAUUAGGUGUGAUACUGUGGCACCAGUCAUCUACAAUUCAUAAAGAUCUACUCAGGUUAGUAAACCAGUAUAUUCUAAUGUAUAGUAUUGCUUCUUUAUGUAAUGGUUAUAAGUUGGUGGAACUCAAAUUAAUUUUUUUUAACACAUUGGCCGUCCCCCACAGAGGUAGGGUGACCCGAGAAAAGAAACACUUCUACCAUCAUUCUCUCCAUCACUGUCCUCCCACCGGCAUGCCGAUACUAUAGUUCAGAUGCACCUCCUAACUGUAGAUAUCCCCAUCCCUCCUUCAGAGUGCAUGCACUGUACUUUUCACCUCCAAGCCUCAAAUCCAGCUAACUGGUUUCCCUGAAUCUCUUCACGGUAUGUUAAAUUGUUCACACACUAACAGGUUGUCAAGUCCAAAAAAAAAAUAUUUGCCUCCAUUCCUAUCUAACACUCUGCUGGAUAUCCAAGCCCU